AUGUUUAGACAUUUAAGUAAAUCAAUCAAGUGGCAAUUGGAUAGAGCAAUGAUAUUUAGUAUUGCGGGCCAUAUUGCUUCGGCUAUAAUACCAGUAACUAGUAUAAUUGCUGUUCCAUCAGCUGCACAACAUUUUCCACAACAAAAAAUACAUCCACAAGAAGAAUGGGGUCCGUUAGCAUCGACUCUUCUUCGUGCUUCUUUUACCGGUCAAAUGCUUAUUCCAUCAGCAAAUUUAAGUUCUUUAAAUCAAAGUAAUGAUGAUGAUGAUGAUGAUGGUGAAAAUAAUUAUCAGCCAUCGAAACCACGAACAAGUAUUGGACGAAUGGAUGCAAGUACAGAUGAAGAUGAAAGUGAUGAAGAUGGACAUAGACGUCAGAGAACAGCUCAAUCAACUGCUGUUAGAAGUACUUCAUCUCGAUCAGCAUCAUUGUCCGAUGCUGAAAAACGUCUUUUUGGUCAUAUUACAAAUGAUGAAGUUGAACAUGGUCUUAGUUCAACAAUACGUUCAGAUACUAAGCAACCACAAAACGCUGAAUCAUCACAAUCGACAUCAACAGCGACAACAACUAAUGAUAAAGAAUUAAAACGAGCAACUGUUACUAUUACACGACAACAGGUACCUAACUUAAUUUUAAAUCCAGCACCCAGUCAAUCAGGUCCAACAUCUGCUAGAAGUAAUAGUCAAAUAGAUGGUAUUGAUGGUGAAGCGAGAUCAAUAACGACAGCACGUUCAUCUCUUAAUGAAAGUACAACAGUACCAAUUAGUGCUCGUUCUGUUUCAUUUAAAGAACCUGUUAUUUAUGAAUAUGAUUCGCCAUCAUCUACUACUAUUACUACUGUUAAUCGCGGAUCUGUUCUAGAUAAAAUCGUAAUUCCACCACCGGAAGAAUAUCAACAAAAUUCUUAUGAACUUGAAAAACGUAAUCAAUUAUUGAAUGAUGAAAUUCAACAAUUACGAUUAAACAAUCAAAAUCUUCAAAAACAACAAGAAGAAUUACUUAAUCGUUUACAAACAUCACAAAAGCUCUCUCAACGAGAAUUAAAUGAUCUACUAAAACAAAGUGGACAUGAUCAAACAAAAAAUCUUGAAAAUUUAAAUCAAACAUUACAAAAUCGUUGUGAUCAAUUACAAAAUGAAUUAAUUUCACUAAGAGAACAUUAUGCACAAGAUCAAGGACAAUCAAGUGCAACAGAACUUAAAAAUGAAAAUCAUUUUCUUAAAGAUUAUAUUCAUCGUUUAAAUGCUGCUACUAGUGAAUAUCAAACACUUCAUCCACCAGAUGCAUUAAGAACAGAUAUGAAUGUUCGUAUUUGUUAA